UAUACAAAUACGAGAUUUUCGAGAUGAAAUAACCUUGUAGUUCCAUUAUCUGCAGUAAUGAUGAUCUGAGAGUCCUUUCUGGUAUAAGGAACGAAAACUGACUCACUCCUAAAUACAUUAAAAACGACAACUGAUGAAGACGAAAUGGAUGCUGAGAGAGAUUUAUGAUUUAUUGGUUGAGAUGUUGUUCUUCAGUUCCGCAUUCAAUAUAUCUUGAGGAUUACCAAUUUGCUCUUCUGAUCCAGAUGUAUGAGGGCUCUUCCUGUAAGGGAAGGAAGAACAUGAAGGGGGUCGUUUUUUGCCUCUUCAUCCUAGGGGCAUCGGGCUGGGGCAGGAAAAACCAGACGGGGAUCCAGAUCGGUCACAGGCACCCUCCGCCUUCCCCAGGGAUCGUCCGUGGUACCGGGGUGCAGAUCGGGACUAAAACUUUUACCAGGAACCACUCUCUUCCCUCUGCCGCACACCACACGACGACGACGACCACCGUGGCGCCGACGCCACCCCCGAUGCCCCUUGGCCCACGUAAGUUACACGUCGCACUCGUCGUGCCGUAUAAGAGUUUCGCGGUCAGGGACUACCACAAAUCCGUUUCUGCAGCGACUAACAGUAUAAUGAGAGCUACGAAAGGUCCUCUGCUCCAUUCUUUCAAAAGCUUCGAACUUCAAGUGAGAAUCGACAUGAAACAACUCACACCAAGCCCUACAGAUAUUCUGAAUUCGCUUUGUAAGGAUUUCCUGUCUGUGAACGUAUCAGCCAUCCUAUACUUGAUGAAUUAUGAGAAGUACGGAAGGAGCACAGCAUCGGCCCAGUACUUCCUACAGCUAGCCGGAUACCUCGGCAUCCCCGUCAUUGCAUGGAAUGCCGAUAAUUCAGGCCUGGAAAGA